AUGAGUAAAAAGGAACUUGAAAUAACACUUGGAUGUAAAUUUAUACUAAUAAAUAUAGAAAUCAGGAAGGCUAUUCCUCAACAUUUAUUUUAGAAAAAUGAAUUACGAUUUUUAAUUUCUGUAGUCUAAGCAAUUAGUUAUACACUGUUACUGACAUACAUUGCUUAUAAUUAUAUUCCAUUGAAUUGGUUGGCUCUACCAAUUUGGAUUGGAUAUGCCUUUAUAACAGGAACUGUAGCUACAGGAAUAUGUAAAAUCAUUAUUUAAAUUUAGGGGUUCUUGGUCAUGAAUGUAGUCAUUUUGCAUUCUCAGAUACCAAAUGGUUGAAUGAUGCUUUAGGUUUCCUAUUACAUCAAGCAUUGUUAGUACCAUAUUUUUCAUUAUAACAUUCUCAUUCUGUUCAUCAUGCUAAGACAAAUCAUUUAACUUAAGGUGAAGCUCAUACUCCUGUCAUUAUUGACUCAAAGAUGGGAAAGUUAUACUAAAAAAUGAAAGAUAUUCUAGGAGAGGAAUGUUUUACUUUCAUUUAGAUUUUUAAUAUAGCAGUUUUAGGAUGGCCUCUUUAUUUUUUAGUAGGUGUAUCAGGAGGAUCAGCAAGAGGAUUCACUAGUCAUCUUAUAGUACCAAACAAAUUAUUACCAAAAAAAAUAUUACACAAAGUAGCUGUUUCAAAUGUUGGAAUAUGUUUAGUUAUUUAUUAACUCUACAAAUGGUAUUUAGCAACUUCAUUUGCUGAAGUAAUGGCUUUAUAUAUUGGUCCCUAUUUGGUAGUCAAUAUGUGGUUGACCAUCAUCACUUCCUUGUAACAUAAUGAUUUAAAUAUUCCUCAUUAUGAUGAAUCUGCCUGGACAUGGUUAAAAGGUAUAUUGUUGAAAUUAUUUUAGGAAAUUUAUGUACUAUUGAUAGAAAUUACCCUUUAUGGAUUAAUGCUUUACAUUUUGAAACUGGUACUACUCAUGUUCUACAUCAUCUCUUUUCUGAAUUACCUCAUUACAAUGCAAGAGUAUAUUAUCAUAUUAUCAUUUACAGGAAGCUAAUAUCUAUCUAAAAUAAAUAUUGGGUGAUUUGUACUACCAAGAUACCAAAAACUUUUGGAUUUCCCUCUAUUAGACUGCCAGUCUUGUUGGAGUAGAACAUAAAGGAAACGGAGUUUGGAAAUUCGUUAAAACUUGAUU